CCGCUGCCCACCUCGUCUUAUUGUGAACCUCCACCCUAUUCUCCCCUCUUCCCUCCCCAGACCCACCACCUCCUCCUUUCCCUCCCCCUACAGCACACAUGCAGGCCAAGAAGAGGUACCUGCUUGUGUCUGUGGGGGCCGGUCUUCUCUUCCUCAUAUAUCUGUGGGGUCUGCAAAUUGGGGAGUUCCAACAGCAGCCAUACCAGUAUCAUCAGUUUCCCCAGUACCCCCUGUAUCAUCAGUACCACCAACAAGAAUACCAGUACUACCGCCAAAGUAAGGAAGUGUACUACCAGCCCCAGCCAUUGCCCCAGAGAAGUCCAUCCAGACCACCCAGACACUGGCCGGAGUCGACCAAGCUGCUGGAGCCGUAUUUGGAGGGAGGAGAGCAGGAGGAGGACACCCCUCAGCUCCAUCACCAGCACACCUCCCCUCGUGAACGACGGGCGAUCCGUGACAACAUCUACAAGAACAAGCGCUGCCGCAUGGAAACCUGCUUUGACUUUGCUCGCUGCCAGUCGGGAUUCAAGGUUUACAUCUACCCUCAACAGAGAGGCAGCGAGAUCUCAGAGACCUACAAGAAGAUCUUGACCUCCAUUGAAGAGUCCCGGUUCCACACCACAGACCCUUUGAGGGCCUGUCUCUUUAUUCUAGCUGUGGACACAUUGGACAGGGACCAGCUCUCAGUGCAGUACGUCCAGAACAUUAGAUCGCGUAUCCAGAACCUGCCCACGUGGAACGAUGGCAGGAAUCACCUCAUAUUCAACCUUUACUCUGGGACUUGGCCGGACUACACUGAGGAUUUGGGCUUUGAGGUGGGACAGGCCAUGCUGGCCAAGGCCAGUGCAGAUGUGGUCAACUUCCGACCUAACUAUGAUAUUUCCAUCCCUCUAUUCUCAAAGGAUCAUCCGCUAAAAGGAGGGGGAAUAGGUUAUCUGACACUUAACGAUGCACCACCUUCCAGGAAGUACCAGCUGGUUUUCAAAGGGAAAAGAUACUUAACUGGUAUAGGUUCGGAGACCAGGAAUGCUUUGUAUCACAUCCACAAUGGGGAAGAUAUUAUUCUGCUGACGACAUGUAAACAUGGCAAAGACUGGGAGAAACACAAGGACUCGCGCUGUGACAGAGAUAAUGAAGACUACUCAAAGUUUGACUACCAGGAGCUACUUCAUAACUCUACCUUCUGCCUGGUGCCACGGGGCCGGCGUCUUGGAUCUUUCCGCUUCCUGGAGGCCUUGCAGGCUGCCUGUAUUCCAGUUAUUCUAAGUAAUGGCUGGGAGCUUCCCUUCUCUGAAGUAAUUGACUGGAGGAAAGCCGCCAUCAUUGGCGAUGAGAGGCUGCUAUUACAGGUUCCCUCCAUUACCCGGUCCGUGGGCCAUGACAGGAUCUUGGCUCUCCGCCAGCAAACUCAGUUCCUCUGGGACGCCUACUUCUCCUCCAUAGCCAAAAUAGUCUUAACAACUCUUGAGAUCAUCCAGGACCGCGUGGACUCCCUUAUAUCCAGAAACCGUUUGUUGUGGAAUUCCCUACCUGGUGGUCUGUAUGCACUCCCUCAGUACUCAACUGACGCUGCCCAGUUUCCUUUUUACUAUGCUCUACUGGGUAAGAGCCCAUCGCAGCAGUUCACCACUGUGAUCCAUAUGGUAACUCCUCUGCAGUCCCAGAUAUCCCCUGUGGUGAAGCUCAUCAUCGCUGUAGCCAAGUCCAAGUUCUGUGCACAGAUUGUGGUUUUAUGGAACUGCGACAAGCCUUUACCUCCUAGAAACAAGUGGCCCUCCACCAGUGUGCCUCUCACUGUCAUUGAAGGACAGACCAAGACGAUGAGCAGUCGUUUUUUCCCCCAUGACGCCAUCAUCACCGACGCCGUCCUCAGUCUGGAUGAAGACUCUGUUCUCUCAACCAAUGAGGUGGACUUUGCCUUCACUGUAUGGCAAAGUUUUCCCGAGCGUAUUGUUGGUUAUCCAGCAAGGAGCCACUACUGGGAUAAUUCCAGAUCACGCUGGGGCUACACUUCCAAGUGGACCAAUGAGUACUCCAUGGUCCUUACAGGAGCAGCUUUUUACCACAGAUACUAUCACUACUUGUUCACUCACUACAUACCGGCUAGCCUGCUGACAAUGGUGGACCGCAUGGCUAAUUGUGAAGACAUCCUGAUGAACUUCCUCGUUUCGGCCGUGACCAAGCAACCUCCAAUCAAAGUCACACAGAAGAAGCAGUACAAGGAAACCAUGAUGACCCAGGGCUCCAAGGUGUCAUCUCGUUGGGCUGACCCGGACCAUUUCGCCCAGCGACAGAGUUGCAUGAAUGCCUUUAGCCACUGGCUAGGUUUCAUGCCCUUAGUGCACUCCCAGAUGAGGUUGGACCCAGUGUUGUUCAGAGACCAGGUUUCCAUCCUGAGGAAGAAAUACAGGGACAUUGAGAGGUUGUGAACAAACAAGGACACGCCAAAUCACAGUAGAGGCUGGAGAGCUGUGUGUGUGUCUGUGUGUUCUUGGACUCCCUGUUCAAGAGGACAAUACACACACUGUCCUGAAUGACUGUUUAUGAGGCUAUAAAGGAAAAUUCACACAUGCACUGGACAUAAAAGUGAUAAAACACUGAGGUAUUUGCAAGACCUUUAAAUGCAAAUUUCUAUGGGGAAAAAAAAGCUUCUGUAUAUGUGGUUGGUUACAGUGAGCAACUGUGCAUAGCUGCCAUCUGUGACAAUACACAUAAAUAUGAAUGCAUGUAGACACAUGCAACAAAGACUUGGACACAUUCAAGCUGACCACGUGUACGUAUGUGUUGCAUGGUUUAAACAAGACAAGACUGUGUUUAAAAAAAAAAAAAUCAAGUAUGUCUACAGUGGAAGUUGACAAACGGCUAAAGAGAUUCGAGUUAAAGGUUGUAUUCAUGAAGUCAGUAAUUAAAGAAAAGAGUUUGUGUGGACAAAAAGGAACAAGCUGUACUUUCUGGCCACAUCACAGCUAAUGGCCCCAAAACACCCAGAGAUGAUGGCAGUGCACCUCUUGUAAAUUACUGUAGAUUUGAAGCAGCAGUUCCUGUCUGUAUGAAGCAAAUAAAAAAAUAAAAUAAAGAGAUGUUAUGU